AUGGAGUUUGCAGAGUUAAGAAAAGCAAUAGAGAAGGUGGGAUUAGUAGACGCUCAUGCUCACAACAUUGUAGCACUCCAUUCUUCAUUUUCUUUCAUCAAUGCCUUCACUGAAGCAACUGGCACCGGUGCCUUGUCCUUUGCUCCUCACUCCCUCUCCUUCAAGAGAAAUCUGAGGGAGAUUGCGGAGUUGUAUGGCUGUGAGAAUUCUUUGAAAGGUGUUGAAGAAUAUCGCAGAUCAUCAGGGUUGGAACCCAGUGGCUUGAAAUGCUUUGAAGCUGCGAGAAUAUCUGCUGUAUUGAUUGAUGAUGGAUUGAAGUUGGAUGAGAAGCAUGACAUUGAGUGGCAUAAGAGUUUGGCUCCUUUUGUUGGUCGAAUUUUGAGAAUUGAAACCUUCGCUGAGGAAAUUCUUGAUAGUGAGAUGCCAGAUGGUUGGACACUGGACAAGUUCACUAAAGCUUUUGUUGGAAAAUUGAAUUCCUUACAAUCUAUCACAGUUGCUGAUAAGAUAGUUGGUUUGAAAAGCAUAGCUGCAUACCGCAGUGGUCUAGAGAUCAACACAAAUGUUGCCAGAAAAGAUGCUGAGGAAGGACUGACUGAAGUGUACCUUGACUUCGGCUUGGCUGUUCCUAAACUUAGUGCCCAAGGCAUGAUAUCUUCUGUCAAAGAACUUUUGGAAUUAGCCCCAAUAAAGAAGGUGACAACAGUCUCUAUUGAGAAAAUACAAAAAGAAAGGAUUCUGUACUUAGUGAUUAGUGCAAAGAAAGCACGUGAAUGUUUAUUUUCUGUUCUACGCGAUGCAUGCAUUGAUGGUGAUCUCACAUUAGCUGAAGCUAUUGAAGCAGCUAAAGACAUUUUUGCUCUAAAUGCAAUUAAGUUUUACAAGAUUAAUGUAGAUGCAAACGCUUUUAAUUCAAAGGAUACUAUUUCUGAAAACUCUGUGAAGAUUGAGAGUAGAGCUCCAGAAAAUAGCAGUUCACUUGUUCGUAUCAUGUGGGUGGACGCUUCUGGACAGCACCGAUGCCGUGCUGUUCCAGUAAAGCGCUUCGAUGACAUUGUUGAGAAGAAUGGUGUCGGUUUGACUUAUGCAUCUAUGGGGAUGAGUUCAGCUGCUGAUAGUCCAGCAGAUGAGAGUGGUCUUACUGGAGUGGGCGAGAUCAGACUAAUGCCUGACAUAUCAACAAGAAAGAAAAUUCCAUGGAUGGAACGACAGGAAAUGGUUUUGGCUGACAUGCAUCUUAGACCUGGUGAACCUUGGGAAUAUUGCCCAAGGGAGGCCUUACGAAGGGUUUUAAAAGUUUUAAAAGAUGAGUUCAACUUGGUAAUGGAUGCAGGUUUUGAAAAUGAGUUUUUUCUCUUGAAGAGUGUAUCAAGGGAAGGGAAAGAAGAAUGGGUGCCAAUUGACUCAACUCCCUACUGCUCUACAGUAGCAUUCGAUGCUGUUUCCCCUAUACUUGAUGAAAUAGUUGCCUCUCUUCACUCCUUGGAUAUUACAGUGGAGCAGUUACAUGCAGAAGCCGGGAAAGGUCAGUUUGAAAUGGCCUUGGGACACACCACCUGCCCACACUCUGCUGACAACUUAAUAUAUACCCGUGAAGUUAUUAGGGCUAUUGCAAGGAAACAUGGACUGUUGGCAACAUUUGUUCCAAAGUUUGCAUUAGAUGAUAUUGGUUCUGGAUCCCAUGUGCACCUUAGUUUGUUGAGAAAUGGAGAAAAUGUUUUUAUGGCAUCUGGAGGAUUUUCCAAGCAUGGGAUUUCAAGCAUUGGAGAGGAGUUUAUGGCUGGGGUUUUACAUCAUCUUCCUUCAAUUUUGGCCUUCACAGCACCAAUUCCAAAUAGUUAUGAUCGAAUACAACCAAACACGUGGAGUGGAGCAUACCAGUGUUGGGGAAAAGAAAACAGGGAAGCUCCAUUAAGAACUGCUUGCCCACCUGGGAUCAUCGAGGGUUUGGUGAGCAACUUUGAAAUUAAAGCUUUUGAUGCAUGUGCAAAUCCAUACUUGGGCUUGGCUGCUAUAGGUGCUGCUGGCAUUGAUGGCCUUAGAGAGCAUCUUCGCCUGCCUGAACCUAUUGACACAAACCCUGCUCUCCAUGCAAACCUUCAUAGGUUGCCUCAAUCACUUUCUGAAUCUCUCGAAGCUCUUGAGAAAGACAAUGUGUUGGAGGAUCUUAUUGGAGAAAAGCUUUUCGUUGCUAUAAAAGGAGUUCGAAAGCAAAUUUCCGCUGGGAAGGAUAAUUCUGACUGA